GCCGCCCCGGCGCUGCGUCAGCUCCCGCGGGCGGUUUGGCUCCUCCGCCGCACCGUAGCGGCCCUCCCGCCUCGGCGCCUCUUCCUGCGCGGGGCGGCGGCGGCGGCGGCGGCGGCCGGGCCCGGCACAGGCAGGGUGUCAUCGUCCCAAACAUACCAGAAGUAAACCCAGUCCUGUCUGAUAAACCUGAGGGUUAAAGGGAUUUGCUUUUGAAGCCACACCCACAGAUUCCACUGAAUUAACUGGGACUGCUUGAAGGGAUGCCUGAAAGUCAAGGGAAAGACAGCGAAAGCCACAUCAGCAGCAGCAGUUCCAGCACUAGCAAUUCAGUUGCUCGCUUUGGACAGUGUCAAUAUACAGCAAAUGAGUAUCAAGCUAUCCAGCAUGCUCUUCGUCAGAAACUGGGUCCAGAAUAUAUCAGCAGUCGACAAGCUGGAGGAGGACAAAAGGUCUGCUACAUUGAGGGUCACAAGGUAAUCAGUCUGGCCAAUGAGAUGUUUGGCUUCAAUGGCUGGGCUCAUUCAGUCACUCAACAGAAUGUUGACUUUGUUGACCUCAACAAUGGCAGGUUCUAUGUGGGGGUCUGUGCAUUUGUGAAAGUUCAGCUUAAGGAUGGGUCAUACCAUGAAGAUGUAGGUUAUGGAGUCAGUGAAGGCCUUAAGUCUAAGGCCUUGUCCUUAGAAAAGGCAAGAAAGGAGGCAGUAACAGAUGGACUGAAGAGGGCGCUCAAGUGCUUUGGGAAUGCUCUUGGGAACUGCAUCCUAGACAAAGACUACCUACGAGCUGUGAAUAAACUUCCACGUCAGAUACCCCCUGAGUUAGAUUUGGUGAAAGCUAAAAGACAGGACUACGAGCCUGAAAUUGAGAAAGCAAGAUACAACAGCUGUUUGGAAAGGCAGAACACAGGAUGGAGAGAGCACCGUGAGAUGGCAUCUACUUGUAAACCUAGUCACACAGAGGCUUCUGUAGUGACGGAAGAUGAGAAACAGCCAAACAGUUCCAGGGGCAGAAAUUCAGAUUCCUUAGCUAUUGAGUGUGAUGCCACUUACCAGCGGAAAUUGCGCCAAAAGCAGCUACAGCAACAGUUCCGGGAACAGAUGGAGAAGAGAUGUCAGGUUACAGAAGUCACUCCUAGCAGCAAACAGGCAACAGCCCAUCCUCCUGUAAAACAGGACACUCCAGCAGCAGUACAACAGGAACUAGCAAUAGAAGAAGAUUUCUUUGCAGAUGAUCCUGAACUUUGGGACAUUCCCUUGGAGACCACUGAUCUUAACAAGAUAAUGGGUCACAAAAUGGCAGGCCCAUUAGCUGGACACCAGACACCAAAAACACCCUGUGGACGUCAUCAAAUGAUUACUCGUAACAGGACCCCUCAGAGAAUGAAUUAUCACAAACCUCCUGCGAGACCUGCACAAUUGCCGCCAUCUGCUACUCGCAUGAGCAACAGCCACGGUGCCAACCAGCAUACACCAGGUACGUGCUAUAAUGAAAUGACCACGUUCUUUCUGUCUUACAAACAGCUCCUGACUUUGAAAGCAUUGCUAGAUUGCUUUGAACACACUAGUUAAAUUAUUAAUCUGGAGAGGGAGAAACAUCCCUCUUUUCUCGGACCUGGCUGCGGACUGCUGUGAUAGUGGGCUAGGACAACUAUUUUUUCCACCCAACUAUCCUCUGAAGGAAGAGCUAAAUAAUGACUCACUGAGCACUUACAGAAGCAGAGAAAAGCUUUAAGAAACUUCGAUUUCUCACUGUCUCCCUGUUUAGCAGAGCCCAGCCCUCACAGAAGUCAAAGCUUGAAGAAAAGGAGGCUAGAACCUACAUAGGACACCUGGUGGUACUGUUACCUACAUACUGGGUUACAUCAGAAGACUGCAGCUGGCUGUUCAAAGUACGUGAGGAAGACUAAUCUAUUAAUAGAUUGUCCUGUAUGUUAUGAUGAAGCCACACAGAAGAGUCUAAUACAACCAGCAAGAACUUCACGUGUUUUUGGGUUGUUACAUAUUUCAGAUUUUUUCUAUGAACAAGUAAUCAUUUGUGCUUCUGCAGCAUUGACUUAUGGCUCUAUUACAAGCUGGAGUUACAAGUAAUUUGCCUGAAAUUGUAACACAAGUAAUCCUUAAAAUGAGUUGCCAUUCAUCAUUUCUUUCUUCCUCAGUGUUGCGUUUCAGCAUACAGGAAUGGUUUUUCAAUAAAAUAAGGGGAUGGGUUACGGUCACAUGAAUGCAUACACACUGUGCUCUCCUGGUCCAUGUGGCUGUUUGCAGCUGUGGCAGUGCCUGCCUCCCGUGUGGAGCCCAGCUGUUUGCCCUGGGGCUGCACAGACGUGUCAGAAGCAUUGCCCUUACCCUGACACAGCUCUGCCUCAGAUUCUUCCUCAGUCGGACCCGAUUCCUAUCCAGCAGCAGCAGCGCAGCACCUUUGUUCACCUGUGCCAGGGCAGGAGCGUGCUGGGAUUGCUGCUGAGGAGUACACAAAGCAUCUCAGGCUGUUCCUUUGGAUUCUUUGUAAAAUGAAGGGGAGCUGCAGGUUUUUUUGAUGUUUUAAAUAAGCUUAUAGUCAUAUCUUUAACACAAAAAUAAACAUGAAAUUUGGAGAAAAACCAUACUCGUUGCUCUUCAUGCCUCAUUAUUAUUCAAACAAUUACAACUCAUUUCCUGUUUAACAUGCUCAAAGACACUAAUGUGUUCUGACCAGGUGCGAGCAGGAAGCUAGAGACACCACUGCGCACAGCAUUUGCUUUAACAGGGGGCAAAGGUUCCAGUGGGUUUUAAACAGUGGAAAGCAGCAGAUAUUCCUUCAAAUAAGGUGAAAGAAAAGAUUUUAGGCAGUGUUUAAGAACCACUCCCAUGUCCAGGGUGAGAAGCCCUGCUCUGGAAAGGGAGCAGUUCUGCUGGGCAGCUACCUGGGCCCUUCCUCGUGUGGCAAAGCGGCUCAGCUGUAGCUCCUGCUGCCCAGGGGAGGAACCUGGCAGCACCACGGCAGUGUUCAAGCUGGCACCUGCGCUGGCAGCACUCUCCCUGGCAGGUGGCAGUUUGAGCUCCCCACGUGUCGACGCUGGUUCUGCAUUACCUGAGGCCCAGAGGCAAGAGGCAAUGAUGAUACAGCAUGGCUGGAAGUUUGAGCUGAACCAGGAAAAUUUACAAACUUUGGUUAGUCCAAUGCCAAAACUGAUGUCAGACUUGAAACAGGACCUCAUUCCUGUGCUUUGCCAUUCCUGGUUUAUCUGGAUGCGCCUCUUAAAGCAGUCUGUUACAUUUGAGGCAGUAAGCAUUUAUUCCUGUUCCUCCUACUUCACCUUCGCCACUUUUCCUUUUUCCUUAAGUAAACUAUUAUCCACUUAAUUCCCAAACAGGACAAAGAACAAGCAUUGAUUUAACUAUGGAAAUACAAGACAAGUUACAGUUAAAUGUAAUGUAUUAUACUUAGAAAAUAGUUUCAGAUUUCACCAAUACUGGUUUCUCUCCAACUCAGGGCUGAGGCUCAGGAAAGAAAUACAUACCACAUGUUUGAGUCAUGCACCCACUGUUGAAAUAAGAUACCUGUAAGGAAGGGAAUGCACAGACAUACAGCAUUACUGUAUUCAACAAAGCCUCCCUCUCCAAACUUUUACAAGAGAAAAACCUAGAAGUCUAAAACCAUUUCAUCAGCUUUCUUGACUCCAGAACAGUGCAAUUGCAGAUAUGUGUCUGCUAAGAGGAAUCACUACAAUAUACCUCAUGGAUUGGUCCUUUUUUUUUAAAAAAAAAAAAAAAAAAGCAGUAAAGUUUAUACUUGGAGCUUUUUCUUUAAGAACUUGAGCAGCAUGACUCGUAACAGAAGCCUUUCUUAAAAUGGAAAGAAAUGCAGCAGUAAUUAGUGUUUAGAAAUGUCAAAUAAUUUCUGCAAGUUACAGCUGCUUGAGAAUGACUCUGUAAAGUGGUUCUCCUCUUAUACUGUGUACCAGUAGAGUCGCAAAUUUGGAGAUGGAAUUCAGAUUAGAUCUAGACUAAAGUUAGCCCCCAGCACCACAGGUGCUGCUCCCUUCCACCCAAGAGGAGAGUGAUGGGCCCAGCAGAAGGGACUGUUCUCUGCCAGGGCAGGGGCUUCCCCAGCCCUUUUAGCACCCCCGCUCCAGCUUCAUUGCCAAAAAGGAAGCACAGAACCGCGGCUGGUUACACUUUACCUGUGUUGCAGGCUGGGAGAGCAGCCAAGUUCCCAAGUGGCCUAGCUGAGUGUGUUUCAGUAACUGCAUGACAGUUUCGGCCAUGAGCACUCCCCUACUGCUCUGGGCAUUAUCCUGCAUACCUUCUCCCUCCCUCUUCCUUAACCUCUUGGACUCCUCCUCUCUGAAAGACUCAUUCUAUGAAUUGCUCUUUGUAGUACCUUGUUUCAGAGAAUUUUAUUAGAAGGUCCAAGGCUCAUUGAUCACUGGUUUUGAGAAGUUAAGGGUCUCCUUGAAAUGGGUUUCUUGUACUUUCCUGCAAUAAACUGGAUAACAGUUAAACCACUCCUGAAGCAGGAAGGAAAGGUUGGAACCUGCUGUUCAACAAGAAAACCCACGGCUCAACAAAAGCAGGUUUGGUUUAUUUCAAUGACUUCGUUCGAUAUUCUACAAAGGUAACAAAUGGCAGCACAAAGCGCAAUCAUACAAGAAGCGCAGUGCCUGGGUUUAGUGCAAAAUAUACAACUAACUACUACGGCCAGGGAAGCCCAAAGUUUCAAUUCUUUUUAUUUUUUUAUUUUUUUAUUUUUUUUACAGUGUACAUUGUUAAAUAAUGUAAAGAAAACGCUUGUAAUUCAGAAACAGAUUUUAUGUGGAAAAAGAUACUCAAAGUGUAAUAUUAAACAAAAUAAUUUAACAGUUCAGUAGCAUUAGUUUAUUCCUCUAGACUUCAGUUAUUCAUCCACAGGAGGGGAAGGGGGAAUCAAUGGUAAAUAAAACCAGUUCUUGCAUAACAUGAAGUGAAAACGACCUCAAACUUAUUAGAUCAAAAUUAAAUAACCACGUGCUGCAUUCAGCUGAUUACUUCCCCUGUCAUGAAUAUUCCCCUUGUUUCAUUACUGCCGCAGGUUUGCAAAACUGCUCCUUUUCCUCGAGCACACCUCUCCCCUUACACUGGGUGUAUUCAGGAAACUUCUCUGCAUCCCGUCAGACCAAAGAGCAGAGGUUUUCUGUUCAACUUCAGCAGCAGGAACCCCUGUUUUCUGUCCCCCUUUCCACCACACUCACACCGUGAGCCUUGAGCCUCCUCCCCUGUAGCUCCAGUCUGCACUUUAGUUACAAAGAAUAAACCCCCAAAUCUAAGGAACUCAGAGCCCAGCCUCCUUGCCACUGGCUUUCACCCCCAGGCAUUCCUCUCCACCUUGUACAUGCCCUUGCUGCCAAAACUGCUUAAAAAAAAAAAGAAGUGACAGGAAAGGAAUGGACCUUGCGUGUUUG